UUACUUAAUAAGUUGAUACGUAUUAUGCAAAAACGAUACAUGGGAAGUGUGUAAGAAGCAAACUCUGUUAUUUUGAUCAAGUCUUGUUGUUUUAUUAAACCUCCUUGUUUUGACAAUUUGACUACAACGAACACCACAAAGAAUGUUAACUUCAAAUUGCCCACAGGAAUUACUGCACAUAAAUCCAUCAUUGAUGGAUUUUCCUUUCCAUCUUUACCUUGAAUCUUUGCCUUGAACCACAGCCAGUAGCUACCCUCCUUCUGGGUAAUGUCCUAGCUGGGGCAGUAGUAGCAGUUAGUAGUUUUUACACCAUGGAUCCCAACAGACCGGCCCCAAGCAGAGGUGAGGUUGAACAUUACAGUCCUGCUGGGAAUCACGACCAUCUCACCAGUAACGGGGACAUCGCAGACCUCAGGAUAGACUUCGAACCUGACCAGAUGGGAUUCUUCCCUUCAGGCUCGCUGAAGAGAGAACGUUAUCCUGACCAACACGAGUCAGGUGUUGACUUUGAUGAACAACCCCAUGAAAACCACCGACACCCCCCAAAUCAUACAAUGGAAAACGAGUCCUACAUGCCCGCUAUCUGUGUCGGCGCGAACGGCAGCAGUCUUGACAUUCCCGGGAACGAGAGGCUGGACGUAACGGUCGCCAUCGACGACGAGGCCUGCUUCGUCGACGAGGAGGGCAAGAAGCGUUGGCGCUGCAACCAGUGCCCGAAGGUCUACUCCUCCAAGCACAACCUGAUGACUCACCUGCUGGGGCACAGCGGCAUCAAACCGCAUGCCUGUCAGGAGUGUGGGAAACUGUUCAAGCAGCUCAGUCAUCUCAACACACACAUGCUGGUACAUGGAGGAGUCAAGCCACACAGAUGCCAAGAGUGUGACAAGACCUUCACCCAGUCCAGCCACCUGAAGCGCCACAUGAUGCAGCACACGGAGUCGCGCCCCCACACCUGCGGCAUCUGCGGUCGGGGCUUUGCCUACCCCAGCGAGCUGAAGUCGCACGAGGCCAAACACGCCGAGUCCAAGGACAACAUCUGCGUGGAGUGCGGGGCGGAGUUCCUGAGCCUGGCCAUGCUGAAGCGCCACCUAGCGACCCACCGCGGGCCGAACUCCUACCAGUGCACGGAGUGCGACAAGACGUUCAUGUACCCCAGCCAGCUCAACAACCACCUGAUGAAGCACCGCGACAUCCGCCCACACAUCUGCUCAGAGUGCGGCAUGGAGUUCUUCCAGAUCCACCACCUGAAGCAGCACGCGCUGACCCACCGCGGGGUCAAGGAUCACAAGUGUCCCAUCUGCGGCCGGGAGUUCACCUUACAUGCCAACAUGAAGCGCCACCUACAGAUACACAGCAACAGCAGGGACUUCAGCUGCAGUGUGUGCGGCCGGGCCUUCAACCAGAGGCAGACACUGAAGGCCCACAUGGUCACCCACAGUGAGGUCAAACCCUACAAGUGUAAGAUCUGCGGGAAGGAGUUCACGCGGUUCCACAACCUGUCCGGCCACAUGCACCUGCACAGCGACUCCAAACCCUUCAAGUGCACCCACUGCAACAGCAAGUUUACGCUCAAGGGCAAUCUCAUGAGGCAUAUGAAGGUGAAGCACGGGAUCGAUGCUACGACGUCCCCGCGAGCUGCAAUCGCCGCCAGGGCGGGGGACGGUGACAACUCCGAGGACAACAGCCUGCACAUGUCAGACGACAUGGAGGGGAGCUACGAAGAUGGGAACACAGACGAAGGCAUGGACACGUCCUUCAGUAGUGGGGGACCCGCGGAAGAAGGGGAAGACUUGGAGGAAGAGGACGACGAAUCCUCCUUCCAAGAAAGGGAAUCCGAAUCCAAGGACAGAGUACCUUUAGUUAGUGAUGGAGAGCAUGCGGACAAUGUUGUGCCCAGUCAAAUGCCAGUUUUAGAUCACAGGUCCACUAUGUUAUUACCACCUGCUGCCACAAGUUUAGCCAAGGAAGAGCCCGUUUCACCGCCUAUUGUGGAAACCAGGUACCAGGAUAUGUCCAGAGUAUCUAAUAAUGCGGUAGACCACAGAGCGACUGCAUUACCACCCACUGCUGCAAGUUUGACUAAAGAGGAGCCUGUUUCGGCACCCAUUGUAGAGAGAGGGUACCCGGAUUUGUACAGACCACCCAAUGCGGUAGACCCUAGAGCCCCUGUAUUGCCACCCACUGCUGCAAGCUUGACUACUUCGGCACCUGUGGUAGAGAGAAGGUACCUGGACAUGCCCAGACCGCACCAUGUGGUGGACUCGCCCCCCAUCGAUGCAUCUCUGUUGUACAGGAGCCAGCCUGGCCCCAAACCGCGAGUGCCGCAGAAGUUUGAGUGCUCGCUGUGCCCGACCAGGUUCACCCAGAGGGGGAACAUGCUGCGCCACAUGAGGCAGAAGCACUGGGAGGAGUACCAGCGGACUUACGUCCGCGCCGAACCCGACCUUCAACACUCUCCUCCCUCCCCCCCAAACCUCGGGGCUGUAAGAAACUUCUGCCCUCCUCAAGGGAUAAAGAACGAGCCUACGUCGCCCCUGAUUGGUCAACCUUCUCAGUACUUCGUGUCAGGUACUCCGGCGACCGGGUUACCCAACAACGUGCCCCGACUGCACUUCAAGAAGAGACACCUAGCGGGCGGCGAUCACUGGGAUGUCAAUGUGUACCUGAAGGAGGCUGUAGACAGCAUACCACCGCCUCCACCUACCAAUAGCAUAGACAGGACUCAGUAUGGGUAUGCUUUGGACGACUACAGUGACUAUAACAACACCGCACCAAGCAAUGAAAAUGAUUCGGGAUGGACACCCCCCAUUCUUGACUUACCCAAGGGGCUACAUGUUUAAAGUGGACUACUAGUGUUAGCAAAUUAGAGUUAUUAGACACUACAAUUGAAGAAUUGCUAGGCUGGCACGAGGAUCAUUGUGGUUCCAAGAGCAUUUUACAGUGUACUAGUACAUUAUAUAUGGUAACUUGUUAAUGCACUAUAUUAAUGAUAGGGAGAUUUUCCAAGUGGAAGUACAUUGUUGCGCUGCAGACCAAAAACUGCAGGAAGUUGGUGCAAUCAGAAAGAGGAGCUGUCAGUAUAGAUGUUAAGUUUACACUAUGAUAUCAUACAAUUUACAAUGAUUUUUUAUUGUUUAUUUUGUAUGUAUGCGUAAAACUUUUCUGUUGGUGCUUUUUUUUUCAAACUCCAUGUAAUUCUACCAUUUUUUUACUUACAAUAACAGUUCUGUUAGUAAGUUACAGUGUCAACAAAAGGAAAAUGCAGUAUUAUCUGGGCACAUCAGCUACAGACAAGGAAAGUCACAUCUGGACAAACAAUUAUAAACUAUAUGUACUUGUU